AUGGCCGAGAUACUUGAGGAGAGUAGCACCAUGGAAAGAAAGUUUUCCAAGGAUGUGGGGAGUAAAGCCUCAAAAACUUUACAAACCAAACCACCUUGGAAAAGUAGAGUGGAAGGGGAUGUUUCUAAAUCUAAGCCAUAUGAGGUGAAGAAAUUUUCUAGAGAAGAAGUCCAAGAAAGAAUCAAGAAGGGGUUAUGCUUCAAGUGUGGUGACAAGUGGAGCAAGGAGCAUUCUUGUAAGUCGGGUAAGGCUUAUGUUAUGAUUGAAGAUGAUGAAAAUAAAAAAUCUUCAAGUCAUGAAUCCGAGAAUGAUGAGGCCGAACCUAGUGAGGAUGAUGAGGAUGCCGAGUUGUCCCUUAAUGCUAUGUUCGGUGUGCAAAGGCCCACUUCUAUGAGGGUCAUGGCAUGGAUAGAGAAAUUUGAGGUUACUUUAUUGGUUGAUAGUGGCUCAACCCACAACUUCAUCAAUUCCAACAUUGUCACCAAGGUUAGAUUGAAACCGAGCACUAUUGAGCCAUUUGAGGUAAAAGUUGCCAAUGGAGACAAGCUUAGAUGUGAAGGGCUUGUAAGAGAGGUCAAGCUGAAUGUCCAAGGAGUGAGGAUUGUGGCGGACUUGCAUGUGUUAUCCCUUGUGGGUCUUGAUGUCGUUUUGGGCAAUGCUUGGCUCAAAGGCAUUGGCAAAGUGGUGAAUGAUUAUGACAAGAUGACUAUGGAAUUUCGGAUUGGGUCUAAGAAGAAAUUAUGGACAGCUUUGACAUCCAAGGAAGUGAAGUCUUGUGAGGCCAUGAUGUUUGAGAGGUUAUGCAAGGGUGGAGCUAGUUGCUUUGCCAUUAUUCUAGCCAAGCAAGAGACACUUUUUGAAGUUGAAAAGGGUGAAGAAGGGGGCAAAAAGGAAGACUUGUCCUUGCUGCCCAUGGAGGUACAAGAGGUCUUGAGAGACCAUUGGAGGGUCCUAGAGGUGCCAAUUACCUUACCACCCACUAGGCCUUUUGAUCAUUGCAUUGCCUUGGUAGAUGAGAGUAAACUGGUUAAUGUUCCUCCAUACCGGGCCUUGAAUGAAGCUACCAUCAAGGAUAGGUUUCCCAUAUCUACCGUUGAUGAGAUGUUGGAUGAAUUGCAUGGGGCGAGUAUAUUCUCAAAGCUAGAUUUGAGAGCGGGUUACCAUCAAAUCCGCAUGAGGGAGGGAGAUGUACACAAAACGGCUUUUAGAACCCACAAUGGCCAUUUUGAGUAUCUUGUUAUGCCAUUUGGGUUGUGCAAUGCUCCCUCAACUUUUCAAGCUGCCAUGAACACUAUCUUCAAGCCAUUGUUGAGGAAAUUUGUUUUGGUUUUCUUUGAUAACAUAUUGGUGUAUUCCAAGACCGUAGAAGAUCACAAGCUACACUUGAAGAUUGUGAUGAAGAUCCUUGAAGAACAUCAUUUUUUCAUUAAGGCAUCCAAAUGCACCUUCAUGGAAAAAGAGCAUGAGUACUUGGGACACUUUAUUUCGGGAGAAGGAGUGAAGGUUGAUCAAAGAAAGAUAGAAGUUAUGGUGGAUUGGCCACUACCCAUGGAUGUUUCGGCCUUAAGGGGAUUUUUGGGUUUGACCGGUUACUAUAGAAGGUUUGUCAAGCAUUAUGGCUUGAUUGCUAAACCUCUCACUUCUUUGUUAAAAAAUGAUAAUUUUGAGUGGACUCAAGAAGCUAGAGAAGCUUUUGAAGAGUUGAAGAGGGCAAUUGACUACUACGCCCGUGUUGGCUUUGCCCAACUUUGA